GAUAUCGUCGUAAUUGUAUUUGGAAGCAAGCCAGCAAACAUUUUCUUAAGAAAACCGGCCAAAAACUGAAAUAGUCUACUUUACAUUUGAAACCUAAUGUUAGCAGAAAAAAAUGGUUUUAAUGCUUAAAGCGUCUUUAAAAUUAACUAUUAAAUAUACCAGAUAUAUAUUUCAGUUUAUUGACGACCUUGAAAAAUUAUGUUUUUGGAUAAAUGCAAUUAACAUGACAUGGAGUUGUUACCUUAUGUAACUAAAUAGCAUGAAUGCAAAUUUGUAUUUGUAUUUGUAAUUUCUUUUCUGUAAUGCACAUAAUGUACACUUUAUGGAGAUAUGUACCUAUGUAGGACUUAAUCCAAUGCUCAACUUUUAAAUUUGUGACCAAAUGCAAAUUCAUCCACCAGAUAUAUGCCCUUCUUGGACCCAGUGGAUGUGGGAAAACCACUCUGAUAUCUUGCAUCGUGGGAAUUCAGCAGUUGCACGAGGGAAGUAUAGAAAUCCUUGGGAAAAAUGUGACCAACUUCAAAAAUGGAAUUCCUGGAAGUUUAAUCGGCUACAUGCCACAGGAAGCUUCGCUCACCGGGUCGCUAACAAUUAUGGAAACAUUCACAUACUACGGAAGCCUUAAUGGUGUCCCUUCUCACGAGAUUAUAAGCAAAGUGGAAACUUUAAGAACUAUCAUGAAUUUGCCCAAUCUUAAUAGUAGAACGAAUCAAAUCAGUGGGGGAGAGCAACGGCGUGUCUCACUUUGCGUCGCGUUGCUGCAUGACCCUGAAAUUCUUCUUUUGGACGAGCCUACGACCGGGAUAGAUCCGCUUUUACGAGAAAGGAUUUGGGAUUAUCUAAGACUUCUUGUCGAAUCCAAGGGAACCACGGUUUUUGUCACGACGCACUACGUCCAUGAAACGAGACAGUGCAAACAGAUUGGGUACCUACGAGAUGGCUCCAUGUUGGUGCAAGAUUCACCCAGCAUGUUACUUGACAAAUACGGCCCAAAUUGUAACUUAAAUACGGCAUCUUUGGAUGACGUAAUUCUUCAUCUAUGCAAAAUUCCACGAUCUCUACGAACAACCCCUAGAAAAUCAACCCCUGCUGUAAAAUUCUCCCAAGUAAGAAAGGAGCCUGACUUGGACCAAAAUGUGGAAAUUUUAUCCUUCAAGAGUGUCAAGGACGAUUUCAUUAACAUGAGUGGUGAACCGAUCAAACAAAAAUUCGAUCCCAGAUUAGUAUCCAGGAAAUAUGCAGCUUCGAAGAAGUACUGCGUACAAGUUAAGGCACUUGCGAUCCGAAACGUAAUUAUUUACAUGCGAUUUAUAUCAUAUCCAAUGCUCCAGCUGGUCGUAAUAUUAAUCAACAUGCUCAUUGGCUUGUAUGCUCUUGGAUAUAACCCAAAAGGGCUCAAUCUGGGGGCAAUAAUGGACAACGGACAAAUCCACUGCGACACAAAUUUUGCCCAUCAAAUUUCUUCUGUCUGUAACGCAACAAAUUCAGAAACAGAUUACACGUGUCGAUUAUUGAAUAUUGUUCAAAACUUGGGAGUUGACUGGGCACCCUUGAGUACCGAGUUGGAAGCAGUACAAGCUAUAAGAGCCGGUAGUAUAAAUGGAUAUAUUAAAUUCCCGAAAAAUUUUACAGAAAAUGUGAUAAAACGACUUAUCUGGAAUAUCCAUUCGGACGAGGAAAUUUUAAAUGGAUCCACUAUUUCGAUCACAUUAGAUAAUUCAGAUUACAUGAACACGUAUUUCCUAACCACAUCCUUGUAUGAAUCAGUUCACGAGUUUCUUGUGUCAAGUGCCAACGAAUCUGAUGUGGGCGAAUGGUUGGUCACACUACCGUUAAAGGUCAGUCCAAUCUAUGGGAGCCAAUUUUAUCCUUUUAACGCAUUUCUUGUGCCGACCUUCGUGCUUGUAUUGUGGACCUUUAUGUCGACCACGUUGGGCGUCGUGCACAUACUUGACCGCGGCGACAACACGUUUGCUCGCACGAUAGCCACCGGUGUGGAGUUUGGUCAAAUUCAGCUUGGCUACUAUCUUGCGGACAUCCCGUUGGCCAUUUUUCAAGCCGGACUGAUCCUAUUAAUGAUUUGGUGGGAUCGUGGCGAACAAAUUAAGGGAAGCUGGGCCUUAAUCGGGUUGAUCUUCUAUCUCGCGAGGGUGGCCGUUAUAGCGCUAUAUUUCAUCCUGGCAUCGUUCAAUGUGAACGUGAAGGACUCGACUCUGCUAAUGAUUUCCAUCGUUAUGGUUUACGUCUACGCGUCAGAUACGAUCUGGCCUAUCGAAGCUGUUGUCUGGUGGUACCGGCCAUUUUGCCAUUGCCUUCCAAUGACCGUGACGAUCCGCGUGUUGCGUAGUGUAAUUACGAGAGGGUGGGGAAUAACGCAUCCGACCGUAUUUUUUGGAGGAAUUUGUUUUCCACUAAUAAUCACAGGUAUUAGCACCAUUGUAUCAUUUGUGGUGGAAAAAAGUAAUAAAAAGUAGUGAUUUAUCAAUAUGACACAUAUGUACAUAUGUAAGCUAUGUUUUAUAACUUUUAUUGGAAAAAGUU